CUGCAGUACGGUUUCAAAUUUCGGUUCGAUAGCAUUCGCGCAAUAUGGGUGAAGAAACUCCAAUCCUGAACACGGAACAACCUCCACAAACGGAGGAAGUUACCAGCGUGAAAACGGUUCAGGAGGAGGUCAAACCCUCGGGUGAAGUGGAAGCCGUAGCUCUCAGCUUAACUAACGGAGUUGUUGAAGAGGCCUCUCAGGAAACUCAACCGGAAGUGACUUCUGCAGUCACGUUUGCGGAAGUUCAUCCGGAAGUGACAUCAGCAGUUGUUCAGGAUUCGGUUGCUCACGGUAUUACCUACGUGAAACGUGCCGAUGGAAUGCCUCAAUUCAUGUACGACGCCGUAGCUCGGAUUGCUCCCCAGGAAGGAUUCACUCCAGAUAAGUUCGAUAUCAGCUUCGAGUCCGGAUCCGGUAAGGGCGAUGGCUUCGUGGCGGAAAUGUUCCGAGCUUCCAUCACCGAAGGUGAUCGUAAAUUGGUAGUCCUGUGCAAGAUCCCACCUAUCAACGAUGCCCGUCGUCAGAGUUUCGGUUCGAUGCCGAUAUUCGAUCGUGAAGUUCAGGCUUACUCUCGCCUACUCCCGAUUAUGUACGAAUUUCAACGGGAAAAAGGAGUGACCGAAGAGUUGGGAAUUGGGUUCUUCAACGCUCCUCAGUGUUAUCUUGCUUACAUUGAUGAAGCGAAGGAGGAAUCCGUCAUCAUUAUGGAUGAUCUGCGUCUGAAGGACCAUCGGAUGUGGAACAAGUUGGUGCCGGUUAACUACGAACACGCUAGACUACUGAUGGUCCAACUCGGUAGGCUACAUGCCGUGUCGUUUGCACUGAAAGAUCAACGUCCUGACGUGUUCGAGCAGUUUAAAGUUCCCGAUCCGUUGUCUACAAUGAUGAUAACAAACGCAGGAUUCACACACAUGCUGACUCUUUCAAUGGAUCGAGCCUUAGGCACACUAGAACCUCACGAGGAAAGGGCACGUCAAAAGCUAUUGAAACUCAAGGAUACCAUGUUCGAUGACCUACAGACUAUUCUCAAUGCAGAGUUCGCUGAACCGUAUUCCAUUCUGGCGCAUGGCGAUUGUUGGAUCAACAACAUGAUCUACUCCUACAAGCGGGGAGUGCCCACCGGGAUCGUUCUUCUCGAUUGGCAAAUCUGUCGCUACGUAUCGCCAGCCCUGGACCUUCUGUACUUCAUAUUCGGAUGCACCGACGAAGACUUCCGCCGUCAGCACUACGACGAAAUGAUUCGCAUCUACUACGACUCGUUGAAGCAGCUUUUGGAAAAACUCGGUGGCGACGCGUCUCGACAGUUUCCCUACACGGCGUUGCUGCGGCAGCUGAAGGUGUGCGGCAAGUUCGGUGCCCUGAUGGCAGUGUUUAUGAUUCCGAUACUCUGCAUCGAAAACCAGGACCUGCCCGAUAUGGACGAGGCAGCGGAGAAGUACAAGGAAUCGCAAACAUUUGAUAACGCUUUUGUGAUCAAUGAAAAAACCGAAGCCAAGUACAAGAAGCGUAUGGGGGCCGUCUUACGGGAUCUGAUAAGAUACGGCUAUCUGUAGGUGCUGAAUUUAGCUGAGCCAGCGAUAAGCAAAGCAA